UGUGUAUAUUUGUUAGGUUUUGGUGAAGAUAUUCCUGAAGAAUUGUUCAAGAUUCUGACUGCAAAAAUGGCCAAGCUGACAGCCACUCCUCUCAGUACACUUGUUGAUGAGCCUGUGCACAUCCGAGUCACAGGCCUGACACCCUUUCAGUUGGUAUGCCUUCAGGCAUCACUGAAAGAUGAGAAAGGGAAUUUGUUUGGUUCUAAGGCCUACUACAAGGCUAAUGAAGUGGGGGAGGUGGAUCUGGAGCAAGAUUCCUCACUUGGGGGAGACUAUAUGGGUGUCCACCCCAUGGGUCUUUUCUGGUCCUUGAAACCCGAAAAGCUGUUGAGUCGACUGGCAAAGAAAGAUGUGACUAGACCCUACCAGGUCCACAUAGAACUUUUCAAGCCACACUUGCCAAUAAAAGGUAUAGUUAUCAGUCCACCAAUGGAUAGCCUGACGUUGGAAAGAUGGUAUGUAGCACCUGAUGUCACAAGGAUCCAUGUAAAGGAAGGCCGCCUCCGGGGAGCCCUCUUUCUGCCUCCAGGAGAAGGGCCUUUCCCAGGGGUCAUUGACUUGUUUGGGAGCACUGGUGGACUGAUUGAAUUCCGGGCCAGUCUUCUGGCCAGUCAUGGCUUUGCAGCCUUCGCUUUGGCUUACUGGGGCUAUGAUGACCUGCCCUCUCAUCUGGAGAAAAUAGAUCUAGAGUAUUUUGAAGAAGGUAUAAAGUUUCUCCUGAGUCAUCCUAAGGUCUUGGGCCCAGGUGUUGGUGUUGUUUCUGUAUGCAAAGGAGCAGAGGUUGGACUCUCCAUGGCUAUUAACCUAAAACAAAUAAAAGCCACUGUACUUAUCAAUGGGCCUAAUUUUGUUACCAGUGAUCCACAUGUAUAUCAUGGUCAGGUCAACCAGCCCAUACCAUUCAAUAUAGAAUUUGUAACCACCAAUGCCUUAGGGCUUGCAGAGUUUUAUCGCACCUAUGAGGAAACUGCAGAUAAGGAUAUCAAAUAUUGUUUGCCCAUUGAAAAAGCUCAAGGACAUUUCCUUUUCGUGGUGGGAGAAGAUGAUAAGAAUCUCAACAGCAAAGUGCAUGCUCAUCAAGCCACAGCACAGCUGAUAAAAAGUGGAAAGAAGAAUUGGACUCUGCUGUCUUACCCUGGGGCAGGUCACCUCAUUGAGCCUCCCUAUGCCCCAUUGUGCUCUGCCUCAAGAAUCCCCUAUGUGAUCCCAAGCAUCAGCUGGGGGGGAGAUGUUAUUCUACAUGCGGCUGCACAGGAGCAUUCUUGGAAGGAGAUACAGAAAUUUCUCAAGAAACAUCUCAUCCCAGAUAUGAACAGCCAGCUCUGAGUGGCCUUGAUGGUGUUACUGGGAAGUAGAGCUGUUUAUCUCCUGACCAGUACCAUGUCUUACUUUCCAUGGAGGGAUGUCUCUGAUCUCUCCCUGGAUGAUGAAGGAAGCUAUUACAAGAAAAUGCAUGUGGGCAGAGAGUGAUAAUAUCUUGACUUGAAGGGGAAAAAUGUUUUUCAUGUAAUGAAAUGUCAGGAAGUAAGAACCCAAUAUCUGUACAAAUAAAAUCUUAGGCCUACAUUUCCUAAAAUUUUCAUCACCAUAACAAUCUUCUGUAAUCAUAAAUAUCAAGGAAAUUGUUAGUGAUAAACCACAGGAUACUUGCUUUGUAAAAGAAACACAAAAAGAUUUACAUGUUGGCAUUUAAAACUCACCAUUAAAUAUGCUUAGAUCAUUCUCAUUGUCACUGGAAAUAUAGACAGGCAUUUUAAGACCUUGGGAAUACAUGUAUGUAUACAGGAGCAUUGAAUUGGUUUACAAACAAUUUAUGUUAAUAAAUAACUUUUGCCUCUAAACAUUUAUAGUAUUUCAACAUUCUCUGUAAUAAGAAGGGAGCAACCUGACCGAGAGCUACACAAGUGCAGCCAAAAGAAGCAAGCAUGAUGAUGAGGGCUGUGGCCCUUUAGGUGAGGGGUUAGCAGUUUUGUUUUGUUUUUGUAAAGCACUG